CAUUUCAACUACUGUCACUUUGCCAAGAAUGAGGUUAUAGAUUGAAAAUUUUAAAAAUUGAAGAAAAAUGUUUCGAAUACGGCGUUGCACUCGUAUUAUAAAAUCUCUUCGGUCAUAUUACACUGUCAAGAGUAACGAAGCCCCGAAAGAUCCUCACCAAGUAGCUAAACAGAUUUACUCAAAAAUUAAAGCGACUGGCCCUAUAACAGUUGCUGAAUACAUGAAAGAAGUGUUAAUUAAUCCCUUAGGUGGUUACUAUAUGCACAGAGACGUGUUUGGUGAAUCAGGGGAUUUUAUUACAUCUCCAGAACUCAAUCAAAUGUUUGGUGAAAUGAUCGCAAUUUGGUUUUUAAAUGAAUGGUCCAAAGUGGGGUCUCCUAAACCAAUUCAAAUUGUUGAAUUAGGGCCAGGACGAGGCACAUUAAGUCAGGAUUUGUUGCGAGUAUUCGACCAUUUUGGGGCGCUUCAGAGUGCCAGUUUACAUUUGGUUGAAGUUAGUCCUGUCUUGAGUGAUAUGCAAGCAAGAAGAUUGUGCAUUCAAUCUGAUAAUAUUAUCGAUAAAAAAUCUGUGAUACAUAGACAAGGGAUUAGUCAUCAAGGAAUUCCCGUAAAAUGGUACAGGCAACUAGAGGAUGUUCCUAAUUGUUUCACUUUGUUGGUAGCUCAUGAAUUUUUUGACGCUUUGCCUAUACAUAAGUUCCAAAAAACUAAAGACGGUUAUAGGGAGAUUUUAAUUGACAUAGAUCCUUGUAAAGAAUAUUCGUUUAGAUAUAUUAUAGCGAGAGAGGAAACCCCAUCUUCAAAACUUUAUAUAAGAUCAAACGAGACUCGUGAACACUUUGAAAUAUCGCCUGAAAGUCUUGUUUUAAUCAAAAAAAUUGCUGAAAGAUUAGAAAUAGAUGGUGGUUUAGCCCUGAUUGCUGAUUAUGGUCAUAAUGGUAGCGGCACUGACACCUUUAGAGCGUUCAAAAAGCACAAACUACAUGAUCCUUUAGUCGAACCGGGAACUGCUGAUCUCACAGCAGAUGUAGAUUUUGAGGCACUUUCAAAAAGCGCUACUGAAGCUGGAGGAGUGAUCACUUUUGGACCUACUACUCAGCGAGAUUUCUUACUCAAAAUGGGAAUUGAACAUAGGUUCAAGGCAUUAAAGCAAAAUGCAAAACCGGAGCAAAUAGAUGGCUUAGAGUUUGGAUACAAAAUGAUGACUGAAAGUAAUCAAAUGGGCGAACGUUUCAAAUUUUUAGCACUUUUACCUGCUGUUUUGGAGAAACUACUGAAAAAAUAUUCAGUUGCAGGUUUUCAUUAACGUGUUUUAUAUUAAAUAAAAAAAUGAGAACGAAGUUUUAAA